AUGGCGAAAGUGGUUGUUGAAAGGUGUUGGUGUAAAGAAGAUAGAAAUAUGUUUGAGAAGUAUUUUUAUAGAUACAGUAAAGCUUAUGAAAGUUACUCUAAUUGCACAUUUAUAGAUAAAAAGACACUCUUUGAUUUCCAGCUUUACUAUCACGCAUUUGUCAAUUUGUGUCUUUUAAAAAGUUGGUCGCCUAACGAUAGAAAAAUAUUUCAAUCCUACUAUCCCUUCUUUAAAAAGGAUUGGGCUAUGUAUACAAGACAGGUUUAUAUAGAUGAUUAUUUAGUAAACGAAAUAAAAAGUAAAAUGACUUUAUUAGAUAAAACAGAUAAAGAAAUAAGAGAAUAUUACAAUGUUUAUUAUAAAAAGUUAAAUGAUUUUGAAUUGGGUGUUGAUAUAUCUAAGUAUGGAAUUGUUAAUGAUUUAAGUUUCUUUAGAGAUGAAUUAAUUGAUUUGUAUUUUAAGAGCGGCAGAAAAAAUAGAAAAAGAGAAAAUAAACUUAAUUAG